GAUCUGACAGCGCUAGACAGCUUCUCCCCCCAAUCGCUCUGAGCAGCCGGGGAGAGGCGAAGGGCAAAGGAACUGCAGUCAUGGAGCAGUUGUAGGGAUAACAGACAAGCCUCUCCUGCCGGAAGAAAUAAAGACACCACAGCUUCAUGACCGAAAACGCAAUACCCAAAGUGGCAACGAGAAACGCAAGAGUACCGAUCAUGCAGUUCAAAUACAGAAGAAUCGAAUAAUCUAUUCAAACGAAAGGGUUCUCCGCGAUCCUUCAAGAUUGGACCCGCUUGAAGCCGUCUCAUCCCCUCGUCGUUCGUCGUAGGAUUAGCUGGCGCAUCGGCCAAGGUUGAUCCAUCACCAACAUCCAUAGUAUGUCCGUGGAGGAGAAGCGCUAUUCUGAAACGAUGCUCGUGCUGGAGGCCGAACCGGAGUGUCUGCGAGCCGAGAUAGAGCGCCUUUCCCGGGAGCUGAGUGAGACCACCCAUGAGAAGAUCCAGGCGGCGGAGUACGGGCUGGCAGUGCUGGAGGAGAAGCAGCAGCUUAAACAUCAGUAUGACGACCUGGAGAUCGAAUACGAGACCGUGCGCCAGGAACUGGACGUGCUCAAAGAGGCGUUUGGACAAGCCUACUCCAACCAUAAGAAGGUGGCUGCAGACGGGGAGAGCAGGGAGGAGUCUCUGAUCCAGGAGGCGGUGUGUAAGGAGGCCUAUUACGAGCAGCGGGUCCUGGAGCUGCAGACGGAGCUCCGCCAGGCCCGUAAUGUCCUCACCAACACCCAGUCAGAGAACGAACGCCUGGCCUCCAUCGCCCAGGAGAUGAGAGAGAACAGCCAAGUGGUGGAGCUGCAACGGACCAGUCUGCGUGAUGACAUCAAGGAGUAUAAGUUCCGGGAGGCACGUCUGCUGCAGGACUACACAGAGCUGGAGGAGGAGAACAUCUCCCUGCAGAAACAGGUCUCCAUGCUCAAACAGACCCAGGUGGAGUUUGAGGGUCUGAAGCACGAGAUUCGUCGUCUGGAGGAGGAUACCCAGUUCCUGAACAGCCAAUUGGAGGAUGCCAUCCGCCUGAAGGAGAUUGCAGAGCGACAGCUAGGGGAAGCGCUGGAGACCAUCAAAACUGAGCGCGAGCACAAGGCCGCCCUGAGGAAAGAGCUCUCCCACUACAUGAGCAUAGGAGACUCUAUGUACCACAGCCCCCUCAGCAUCUCUCUGGAUGGACUCAAGUUCAGCGAUGACGCUGCCACAGAACCCAACAACGACGAAGCUCUCCAUGGUUACGAGAACGGCUUCAGCAAGCUGGCCAACGCCAUCGCCGAGGACAACCGUGCGUUUGCGCACAAGAAAGGUGACCUGUUCCGUCCCGUCCCCAGCCUGGUAGACGACCUGCUGAGUGAACUGAACAUCUCUGAGAUCCAGAAACUCAAACAGCAGCUGCUGCAGAUGGAGCGUGAGAAGGUGUCUCUGAUGUCCACGCUGCAGGACUCUCAGAAGCAGCUGGAGCAGGCCCACGGGGCCCUGGAGGAGCACCAGGAGAAGGUCAGCCGCCUCAGCGAGAACCUCAAUGCCAUCCGGAGGCUCCAGGCCAGCAAGGAGCGCCAGUCAGCCCUGGACAACGAAAAGGAGCGCGACAGCAACGACGACGGAGACUACUACGAGGUGGACAUCAACGGACCCGAGAUCCUGGAGUGCAAGUACAAGGUUGCGGUGUCGGAGGCAGGUGAGCUAAAGGAGGAGCUGAAGACCCUGAAGGCAGAGUACCAGUCCUGUCAGUCACGUCACGAGGAGGAGCGAGGCCGUCUGGAGACUGACGUCACGGCCCUGGGAGAGAAGCUGUCCUCCCUGGAGAAGACCAGCCGCGUGGAGAGAGAGGAGAAGGCCGUCCUGGCGAAGGAGCUCCGCAAGGUGAGUGACGUGGCGGGCGAGUCCCAGGGCAGCCUGAACGUGGCACAGGACGAGCUGGUCACCUUCAGCGAGGAGCUGGCCACCCUCUACAACCACGUGUGCAUGUGCAACAACGAAACUCCCAACCGCGUCAUGCUCGACUUCUACAAGGAGGGCAAGGGCGGGCGCACGAGUCCCGAAGGUCGCGGCCGCCGCUCCCCCAUCCUGCUCACCAAGGGCCUGUUCCCCGUCCCCGAUGCUGCCGACAGCGCCUUGUCCCCUGUCUCCUCUUCCCCCUCGCCCCGGGAGCCAAUGAACGUGUACAACCUGGUGGCCAUCAUCCGGGACCAGAUCAAGCACCUGCAGCUGGCGGUGGACCGCACCACAGAGCUGUCCCGUCAGAGGGUGGCGUCUCUGGAGCUUGGCGCCGUGGCUGACAAGGACAUGGAGGCCUGCAUGGAGGAGAUCCUCAAACUCAAGUCCCUGCUCAGCACCAAGAGGGAGCAGAUCGCUACACUGAGGACCGUGCUCAAAGCCAACAAGCAGACGGCUGAGGUGGCGCUGGCCAACCUGAAGAGUAAGUAUGAGAACGAGAAGGCCAUGGUGACGGAGACCAUGAUGAAACUGAGGAAUGAGCUGAAGGCCCUGAAGGAGGAUGCCGCUACCUUCUCCUCACUCCGAGCGAUGUUCGCCACACGCUGUGACGAGUAUGUGACUCAGCUGGAUGAGAUGCAGAGACAGCUGUCUGCGGCAGAGGAUGAGAAGAAGACCCUGAACUCCCUCCUCCGUAUGGCCAUACAGCAGAAGCUAGCCCUGACCCAGCGCUUGGAGGACCUGGAGUUUGACACCGAGCAGACCCGCCGCGGGGGCAAACCUAAAGGCAGGACCGCCAACGGCAGAACCACCAACGGCCAGACCAACACCGCCAACAACCCCCACGUAAGUCUCGGGCUCACCUGCGCCGGCAUCGGUCGCCCCAGUGAGCACAACAUCAUGCCCAACGGCAUCCUGGGAGGCCCAGUGGUCUUCUGCAGCGAGAAGUACAAGAUCUACUGCGACUGAAGCGGCUGCAUUGUCAGCACGGGACUGCUGUGUACAGAGGGGAGGAGCCCGAGGUCCUCCCCUGACUUAGUGUUAAAGAGCCCUACUAUGCUCGCUUAGCUCCCUGCCUGCUCAGCCUGCAGCCUCAUAGAGCCUGGUGUGUGUCUAACCUAUAGUACAUACUUAUGCCUAUGGCCACGUAUGGCCACUCACGCCUGCUAGUGUAAACGCUUAGGGGAAUGCAGCUGUGUAUGUACUGUACCGUACAGUACAGUGUGCCCUAGAAGUUUGGGAUUGUAGUAGACAUAAUGUAUGGCAUGUGGAUAUGGCCUCAACCGGCCGCCGUUGGGCUUCUGUGGAUAUUAUGGGGUGUCACUUCUUUCCGCCGUCAUGGUGCUGUACUUAUGAUGAUGUAAAAGGUGGCAGCUUUUGUGCUUAGUGUGUUCUGACCCCCCCUGAGUGUGUUGCCUGGUAACCAUAAUGCAUUUGGGGGGUGGGGACUUGUGAAGAGGGUGUCACUUUUAGGAUCAUGUGACAGAAGUUGACGUCCUCUCCUCGUUUUGCUUGCCUGUUGGUGUUGGUGCUCCUUCGAUAAAGCCCCCGCUCCUCUUCCCCUCUCUCUCCUGGCCCCCCAGGACUGAGCCAGCCCCAGCAACCCACUGACCAAUCAGGUUGCUCAUAAACAAAUGAAACAAAACAAUAUGCAAACUCCCCCUGCUGUUGCUAGGGAGCCCAGUGUGAUUUGCUGGAUUUUCUAACUGAAAUUCAAAAUUCUCAAAGCGGGUUGGCUGAUAAUUAAUGAUGUCGGAGGUGGGCGGUAAAGGAGCACCUAAGACCACAGGUGUUUCAUUUCAAGAUCCUUUAAGCUGUACACCAACGCGGUAGAGUCAGGCAGUCCAAUCGCAUGGCUUUGCAGCUGAAAAUGCUACUGAGCUUUAUAACAGUUUUUCUCUGUAAACAGGUGUGUCACAGCACAUGCACAUGUGCUACAGGGCUCUACAUCUGAACCAGAGCAGUUAUUUAACUUCUGCAGAAAUAAACAGAGGGCUAUUCCAUGUGACCCAGUAUAUGUCAUAUUGGGUGGAUUCUCUCAGCCAUAUUACUUAAGAACGAAAGAAAAUGAUCAAAUAACUGUGAACAGAUACAAUAUAGUUUUGAUUGAUGGUGAUUUUUGUAAUAACAGAAAAGAUCCUAAAAGAGCACAAAAAUCAAUGGCACCCAGAUCCGGAUCGUAAUUCUACAAACAAAACCGACCAAUAUCCCUCGGCAAAGUGCCUGUCGACCCAAACACUUGAAAUCAACUACAUCUAUAUAUCGAUGUAAAGCCCUGUCUUUGUGUCUGUCAGCCUAAUGCUGAUCUCUCUUCCUCUCUCUCUCCCUGUCGCUUCUCUCUUUCUCUUUUGGGAGGCCCUUUUGAGCUCUCAAAUGAACUAUGUGUGGUUAUGUGGCUGAAAACCCUGUCCUCCUCACGUCUCAAACGUGUGGUUCGUCGCUUUGUUGUCAUGACAACCCCUCUCUCUUUUAGAUUGUCAGCAGCUUGCUCGCUCUACAACACCACUCUCCCUUUAAGUAGAGAGGGGGAUUGUGGGGAAAACCCCUGGAUAUUGUCAGGUAACGUCCUUGCGCACGUGUGUUCUGGAACCCUGCCUGUGUGUGUGUGUGUGUGUGUGUGUGUGUGUGUGUGUGUGUGUGUGUGUGUGUGUGUGUGUAAUCUCAGCUCCGACACUGAGGUGAAAGACCCUUGUGUGUAUGUCGUUUUCUCCAAAUAUUGCAAAUAGAUUCAUUUCUGAGAUGCUGUGUGGAUGUGAGAGGACAACCAAUGUACUGUCUUUAUUACCCCCCCCCCCCCCCAAAAAAAAUAGCUUUAACCCUUGCAAUCUAGUGCCAGGCAGAUUAAAAAAACUGAUGUGGGGCUUGUGUUAGAUAGAUCCAUGUAAUGCAUACACGGUAUUAGCUUUGUGGCGCUAAAAGCAGGGUUGAUGCGAAGAGAUUCUUGGAAGAUUAAUUCAAUUAUGCUUUUUAAAACUAUAUAUUCUUAAUAAUACGAUCGUAAUCAGGUUCUAAUCUUCUAGGAUACUCCUAGGCCACCUCUCUCGGGUAUGGAGAGGGAGAGCUUUGGUUCCUCCGAACGAGGGACGUCCUCAACCCUGCUUGAGUUGAGUAUGUGCUGCGCUGCCCUACGAGGCCUUUAGUCACGCCACACAGUAUGGAGACGAGGCUAUCGCUCACAUCAGAGAAGAACCUCCAUGGGAGGGGAAAUCACUAUUCUGUUCUUGUUCCACUUAAGCGAAAGUGAUAGAAUCACACUUUGUGUCAGUUUGCUCUGGGUGUAGAGAGUGGGAGAGGAGAGAGAAGUAAUACUGGUGUUUAAAAGCACCUGCACCCGAAAGACGAGCUCUCUCAGCCGAUUCUGAACAUGAUUUUGAUACUGUGUUUGGGGAAAUGAGUUCCAGGGUUUUCUGAGGGAGAUGCUCUAAGAUGACAAAUGUAUUUACAUGAGGUUUUUGUUUGACUACUUUGUCUCUAAAUGUGGUAUUUUACCAGUGGACAUUGAUUCAAAUGAGUUGACCUUCUAUCCCUGUUCCCUUGUGUAGGCACUAUAGAUUCACUGAAUAAUCUAUAUAUUUCAUAAUCCAGGAUGUGAUUGUGGCUAGAGAGACCCUCGCUAGUUCUCUUGGUUUAGUUUGAAAUCAAUGUCUGUUUAUCUGGUGUCAUCAAUAGAAUGCCACCAGAAUAAGCUCCCUCCUACCUCUGCCUUUAGGCUCCGCCCACUUCACCUUUGAGUUCUCUCACACGCUCUUCGUCUGAUUCCUGAUUGGUUGAACGCCUGCACGCUAAAAAACACACCCGUUCUCAUUAACCUGCAUGCCAGUAAGGAAAGCCCUUCCUAUAACUGACCUGGCUCUGGGGUGUGGAUUAAACUCUUGGGACUCAUCAUGUGUUUUGGAGGUGUGUCAAAGGUCAUGGUACUUGUGAGGUCAUCAGCUUCUUGCACUCACUGGUCUUCCUCGUGCAGUGGUGCUUUUAUAUCAGCUCCUCUGAAACAUAUUGACACAAUGUUGAUAUGACAGUCUGCUUCAGCACUACUAACCCAGUUUGCACCAACCGCUAGUUAGUAGCUACUUUAACUAACUGGGCCUUCGGUGUACAUCUUUUUACUCUUCCUUAUUUCAUGUUUUUGAUUGGAAUGGAAUCAUUUCUGAGGAAGUUAACAUCUCUCUACCAGUAAUGCACAUUUUUAUGUUUUCUUUGUUUCUCCGUUUUGCAGUCAUUUAAUUCUGCCCGGAGGAGGAUCCUCCAACACAGGAUCCUCUCACAAUGCCGAUGUCACAUUCAUUGUGCAGAAAACAGAUAUCCCUAUAGGCCAAGAUUAUGAAACCCACUUCAAGACUAAAAAGAUCAAAUGAAAUCUCUGAUAUGAAAAUCCAAUAUUCCUCCAGGUUGCCCUUUAACUCGCAAUAUAGCACGACCUCUAUGUCCUAUGCAUGGGAAUGAACAAGGUAUUUCACAUUUCCCCUCGCUGCUGCCGAUGCUCACAAGUACAGUGAACUCUGCCCUCCUCAUGAAAUGAUGAUCAGAGUUUGUGAUUGGCGGAGUUAUCCCUCCAAUGAGAAGCCAGGGGAACCAUGGUCUUUUCUUAAUGUAAAUCAACCAACUGUUUUGUCUGGUUUGAUCUUCUUUUGUUUUAGUUGAUUUGUUUUCUUUAACCUGUGCACUUUUAUUAUAGGAUUAUAUACCUUUAUAUUAUUAACCUAGGAAAGGUUUGUAGUGCUAAGGUUUGUGACUUAUUUAGUCAAGUAUACACAUAUAUUAAUAGGAAUAUAUUUCCUCCUGUAUAUGGUCUCUUUGUACCAUCUACGGAGACCAUUUACUCUCCUAAAGUCUCAGCGCAAACCAGAGUCCAUCUAUUGUUAUUAUGCUUCUGAGAAUUGAUCCAUCUGAAUAACCAUCCUUUUAUUGUUAUGUCUCAUCAUAUUGCUUUAUUAUGCUGUUGGUUUGGUUUUAUAUGUAUGUUCUACUGCCAUGUUCUAAACAAAAUCCAGGGUGAGCUAAUUCUGGGGUUUUCAUGUAUUUAUUAUUCCUAGGAAUAGUUCAAAGCUAACGCGCAGAAACUUGACGACGCUCUGAUUAAAAAAAAAUUGGUAAGAAGUUCUUGGGGGGAAAAAUGGAGUGACAAAAUGAUUUUGUUUUUUUCCAUCUUCUUACCAGGGGUGUCACACUGAUAAGGGAUCACUGGCUCACAGAAUUCUCUGCAAGUGCAACGAUUAAAUUCCAAAUUGGAAUUGUUUAAUUCUCUCUUUGUUUAUCGUGCCAAAUCCUGGUACACCGUUUAGGUUUGAAAAGAUUCAAGAAUCAGAAAGACAUGCCGUACAUCAGUGAGAAAGGUGUAGUUUGGGGCAGUGGCUUUCUGCUGAAGCGCUACCCGGGUUUUGCUUUGGGUUUGUUUUGUUCUUCAUUCUGACCAGUAGUGCCUUUCAUUGUUUCAAGGGAGAAUUGUAGACUAGUACUUUGUGUUUGUUUUUUAGGGGAGGAGUUUGGGUUGAAUGACUUUGUGAGCAGCAAUAAAUGCAAAGAGGAGUAGCCCUUUUUGCAGGAGUGAGAUGAUCGUUUUGAAAUUAGCUCAAUUCAACUGAUAUUGUAUUGAAUUCUGCAGGUCAGUGAUCCCAACAGCAAAUUCAGGGGUAUUGAGAAAAUGUAGUUUUUUUAAUCAAAAUUUGGGAACCAAAAGAAAUCCCUUUGGCCUCAUUUUGAACAAAAUGUUCCAUGCACCACUAUGUGUUUGGGCAGAUCAGUGUACUAUUGGAAACAUUGACAUGAUCUCUAGCUUUGUAUGGUGAAGGUAAUGUAAUAUCUACAGUAUUGUUGGCAAAUGUGCAGAGAGCGCAUUUGUUUUAGUUUUUUUAUCGAAUUUUUUUUUUUACAUCAUAUAUUAAAGUGUUGUGAUUUCAGGAAAUAGAAAACAGAUUUUGCAUCAACAAGCUUGAAUAGUGCCAUCCUAGCCAAUGCUUGUUUGUUGAGGCGUAAAAAGUUAUCAAUACGGUUGAGAAGCGAAAAAUACAGAGAAAAUAAAGUGCAAUUUAAAUGCUGUUUUACAAGGAAAAUAAAAGUUUUCUGUUUGCUGGAAGCGAUAGCAUUGUGAUAAUACACUAGCCGUGCAAACUUUAUAUUGUCAUAUUGUGUUUCAGUAUUGAUCCAUAUUGAGUUUGAUACCUUUAUAUGAAAUAACGACUUAAUCUGUAUGUUGGUAUUUAUUUGGAUUGUCAUGCAGUACUGUAUUCUUAUCAAUAAUGUGCAUUAUAAUUAGUGGCAUAUUGAUUACAACUUAUUGUCAUAUGCAUGUUUUUCAGUCAUGGGAACCUUUACACAGAAUCGAAAACAAACCUAUAACUUUGGAGAUGCUGAAAAAGUGAAAAAAUAAAAUGAUGAAAAAAUGAGUUUAGUCUAAUGUAUUACUGCUGAGCUAAUCCUAUGAAAGUGUUGUUUUGUUUUCCUAUACAGAGGUGUUAUGUCUGUGUAAAGGUAGUCAUACUGGUUAAAAUCAAUAAAUGUGACUAAAAAAAGA